AUGGCAAUUGACCAAGACAAGAUAUCUAAACUUCAGGACUGGAUAGACAUCGGCUGGAUUCAAGUUGACUUUCGGCCCAUCAAGCAAAUAUUGCUGUCAUAUUCAUUUAAGUGGAUGUGGACAUUUGCCAGAUAUUUAACGGACAAGGUGACAGAUACCCUGAAGAGUCUGGAUGCUUUUCUGAAAAGGACAGAGCCUCACAUUGAGGGUAUCACAGGGGAAGAGAGGGACACAGGGUUUUUUAUGAGCAUGAUGCGACUUUUCAAUGAGUCAUUGUCUCUCAAUCACUACCCAGAGCUUGUAACUGUAAGUGAGAAUGUGGAUGAUGACUGGCUGGAUCUCUUAAGUUUUGCUGAAAGACUUAACCAACUUAAAGAUGAAAUAGAUGUAUCUGAUGUUUAUAUGAGAGACUGCCUGCUUCAAAAUGCCUACGUAAGGAUUAAGAAGUUCACUAAGCAAGUAAAAAGUCUACAGCAAGAAGCGAAAGAUCUCAAGGAGCUGCAGGAGCUUCUUGAGGCCACAAUCGUGGACUUUGCCACAUUAAAUGAGUGUCAGAGCACUGUAAGGAAUCUCACCUUGAUGUGGCAGGCUGUUGAAGUGAUUAGAAAACAGCAAAAUGGCUGGAAGAUGCAACCCUGGCAAGUUAUUGACACAGCCCAGCUUGUCCAAAGCACAGAGGAGCAGCUCAGCCUGAUCAAGUCUCUCUCACGAAAGGUGCAAGGCUGGGAUGUAUACACCGGGACCAUGGAAUCGGUUAAUGUUAUACAGCUGACCUUGCCUCUGAUUAAGGACCUCUUGAACCCUGCUAUGAGAACAAGGCAUUGGAAGCAGCUUGUCCGUGAUACUGGGGGACAACUCCGUGUAACUCCAGGAACUCUGCGACAAAUGACCCUGGGGGACUUGCUGACACUUGGCCUACAAAAACAUACUGAACAUGUGAAGAGUAUUGUUGAGCGUGCUGUAAAAGAUGCAACUGUUGAAGGUGGACUGAAGAACUGUGAGGAGGUCUGGAUGAGCAGGAUAUUUGAACUAUGCACUCAUUCUACAGUUACAUGGGAAAACGAAAGUACCCAGAUCCUGCUUUUGACUAACUCCAAUGCCAUCUUUGAAGACCUUGAACAUCAUCAGUUGGCACUGGAAGCGAUGAAAAGGAACAGUGAAGCUGGCCCAUUUGCAGAUGAAGUAGGAAAAUGGCAGAGGAGGCUACAAGUCAUUGAAGCCACCCUACACAGAUGGUUAGAAGUCCAGGAGAAAUGGUUUCAGCUGGAAGGGGUCAGUUUUUGA